CAUUGGUUUAUACUAGCUCGUAAUCAGGAUAUUGGAUAUUGAACGGUCUGAAUAUAUUGAAUAACCGACAGGCACAAAUUUGGUUCUCUGCGCCACAGUGGAGUUGAGCUAAGAAGGAUUAUUACGGCGGCGAAGAAAAAUUCGAAAUUCUUUUAAAAUGUCAACCACCAGUUCUGACGAUCGGAAUGUAUUCGUCUCACCGUUCUUAAACUUUGACCCAUCGAUAUUGGUCUCGAAUCCUGAGGAACAGUUUAUUUUCCCUGAAGGAGAAAAACGUCGAGGUCGAUUUGAAAGGUCUUUUUCUGAAAUCGGAGCUAUGGUUAUUGGAGGCGCAUCUGUUGGUGGCAUUCGAGGUUUGUACAGUGGGUUGAAAGAUGCCGAAAUAAAGAGUCUGCCAACACUUGCUAUCCGCCGGACACAAAUGCUUAAUCAUAUGACGAAAUCCGGAGCAACUCUGGCACAGACUGCAGGUUCUAUAGGACUUAUCUAUGCUUUGGCAGAUUUCUUCAUUCAUAAAUUACGCCAUGGUGCAGAUGAUGAAAUCAAUACGAUAGCUGCAGCUACAACUACGGGUUUAGUGUAUACAUCUCCGGACUGCAAUCUAACAUUCCUGAAUUUCCAAUUCAUCAUCAGUGAAUUGAAUCGCCUCUACCUUCGAGUAGAUGUGCUCGAAAAAUCUAUCGAAUUUAUCGAAUCAACUGAGAGUAAAUACGUGUAAUAGGAAUGAUUCAUCACCUGUUCCUGAUAUCUCGAAUAUUCUACUACCACGCGUACGAAGACAAAUAGGAGAAGACAAAGAAACCUAUAAAACUCAAGUUUCAAAAUCGUAUGAUUACAAUUGAUGAAAUGAAUAUGAACAGCAAUAAGUUUUGUUCGAAACUGUGUCAUCCAAGUGGAAGAUAUGCAAGUGAAAAGCAACAAGUUGACAGAAGAAGCAUUCAGAGAAGAUAGAACUCCAGGUAAACAUAGAGAAAACAGAGGUGAUGAAGAUUCCUGGCCACCACCAACAACAACAGCAACAACAACAAACACGGACAACAAUCAGCCAGCAGAAAUGGGAGGAACCUGAAAGAAACAACCUCCUUUACCUACCCACCUAACUGGGAAGCAUCGUUCCAACUACAGGCGGGCGGAACUGACGAGGAUAUCAAGGCAGCGAGGAUCGGAAAAGCAAGACAAGCUUUC